AUGCCGGCAUCUGCGUGCCAGACGGUGCUGAUCCAGCCAUGGAUCUCGCUGGCGUCGACGGCUGGUUCACACGGAGACGCUGGGCACGCCAGCCCGUCAGGUGGCACCAGCCGUCGCUCACCCUCACCCAAGCAGCACGGCGUCACGCCAGCCGUUCGCCUAGCCGAGAUCAACGCCAUGCAGAGGGAGCUCGAAGCAGUUGAGCACUUUGCACGGAGUGAAGGCGACGGCGGCGAUGAUGACGGAAACGACAAGCGACUCGCCGGGGAGCUCUCGCAGGCGUACACGCGCGUGCUCGCCCUCAGAUCCCAGUCCAGAGGGUACAGCAGCCUCCGCGCCGACGACCCGCACCGCAGCAGCGAGGAGGGUACCACCGUCGUAGUCGACGACGACGACCCAAAUCCAGAGCUGACCCGGCAAAUAGAGCACAAGCUCGCCGAGUUCCGCAAGCGUAUUGCGAAUAUGCUUAGCGGUAUGAAGACGGUGCGUCGGAACCAGCGCGAGCUGCAAGCGGCCCAGAAGAGGGUGCAGGUGUCCCUCGAAGACGCGAAGCGGCAGCUGCGCGAGGCACAGGAGAAGGUACAGCGCAUCGAUAAACAGCACCUGCGCGAAAUUCAGGGCUACCGACUGCCGCCGGUGGUGGUGAAGUACGUGAUGGAUGCCGUGCUCUGCGUGCUCGGGGAGAAGGCGAAGAACUGGACCGAAGUGGUCACUGCUAUGCGCAGCCCGUCCUUCAUAUCGAACGUUGUGUCCUUCCACCAUGCGCAGCUCACGCCGGCAGACGUGCAGGAGUUGAAGAAGAACUUUAUAUCUAACCCGCGCUUCUCUUACGCUGAUGUGCUCAAAGGUAGCCACGCCCUUGGUCAGUUCCACGAGUGGGUAAUACGUCAGCUACAGCUGAUAGAGGCGGAAAGUGCUCAUGCGAAGUUUAUGGGGGAGAAGGGGGAGAGCAGCCAGGAGCUCGCCCUCGCCCGCAAAAAGAUGGAGGCAGAAGCAGCGGAGGUGCGGCAUCUCGAGGAGGAGCUCGAGGCCCUCAUGCGCGAGCAGGCGCCUCAGCUGCAGGAACGGCGCUCCGGCACACUUAGCCUGUGCCCUACGGGCGGCAAGGCGCUGUCUCAGCGUCCCUCGUCAACUCUCACAAACGCCCUCCUGCCAGCGUCUGAGUCUCAGGGAGCGGCGAUGCCGGGUCAGCAGCGCUCCCGCCGGCCAUCGAUGCACGCCGUCAGCGGUGCGGAAGCAAUGGCAAUCAAUAACGGGGCCGCGGCAGUCGGUGACGGCGCGCGGCGGCGGUCGAGCACCUCGGUCACUGCCAUCGCCGUGCCAGCUGGAUGCGCUUCAGCGCCGCACACCGCAGCCGACGCAGCUGCUGCGAUGACAGACAGCUCCAUGGAGAUGACGACGGACGGCGUGGCCGCUGUGAAUCGCCCUCCUACUGCGGUGAUGCUCCCCCAGCAGCAGCAGGUCCCGGCAAUGGUGUCUCCGGGCACGCGGUGGAUAUGCCCGCAUCCAGGCGCUCUGCACUGCAGCACCUACGUCCUUCGCAGCAGCAUCCUGUGUGUCUUGGGUUAUCAGCAGGAGCGCACGAGCGAGAAGCCUGGUGAGACCUCCCCUGACAACGGAACGGCAACACCAGCGCCGGACAUGUUCGAGCUCACGACGGCGCAGCAGCAGUUUGUUGCGGAAGCCCUUCAUGGCCCUGCACGGGCCCUGCAGCCGCCGCCACCGACAUCCGCGACAGCGGGAAGCGCACGCUCCUCGCACGCGACCAUUGUCACGCAGCAUACAAAAAUCUUCACGGGGAAGGAAUGGGAAACGGUGGUGAAGGACUCACCUGACGAGCUGCACCGAGCCUUUGUGGAAGAUGUGGCCAUGAUCUGCCAGGUGCCAAACCGCGCUGUGACAGGCGUCGCGUGGGUGCUCCGGGGCCUGCAUGUGCAGUGCGCCGUAUGCCACCCCUCCAGCGACAGCAGCGAGGCCGUGCAAGCAGCUAUUGAGAAGGGGGCGUACCCGACAGUCAUGGCGCUGUACGCGCAGCGGCAGUGCACACCUGACUCGUUGGCCGAGGAAAGCACAUGUCAGCAGCAUCAGGCAGUGCGUCUGGCGUCAAUGAAAGAACAAAUCCGGGCGGCGCAGCAGCCGGGGGCGGAGGCCCGCUGCGAGACUCAGUCGCUGCGCGAUGCCUUCGAGCAGGAACAACAGGCAUUGAUGGAGCAGGUGGCGGUGGCGCAGACGUCGAGUCAGGCGGGUGCCCACGACGCCGUCCGCGCGGACCUGACCCUCCAGGAGGCGCUUGAGGCGCGCACGGCUCAGCUCGGGCACGCCCAGGCGGCGCUGGCAGAGAGCCAAGCGAAGGCGAACUGCGCGGAGGACGAACUCGCGACUGCGCAGGUUCACCUGGCCUCGGCAGAAGAACGGGCAGCGAAGGUAGAGGCCGAUGCCGACGCAGCCCGCACCGCGGCAGAUCUGGCGGCGAUACACGCGGAGAAGGCCUUGGAAGAUCUCGGGAGUCAGCUGCGCGCCGCCCACGCAGCCUUUGAGGGAGAACGGACGAGACGCCAGACAGAGCUCGACGAGGCGCAAGCCGCAGCGGCAGCGCGCGAGACGCGACUUCUGCAGCAGCUAGACGCCUUGAAGCAGCGGCUGGCCGAUGCGCAGCCGCGCGAGAAGGUCGUGGAGGAGGAGAAGACCCGGCAAGAUUUCACGGCGGCGGCAGAUGCGAAGCGAGCGGCGGAGCACGCAGCCCAAGUGGCGGAGCUAGAGCGGAAGCUGAGGGAGGCGUUGUCAGCACAGGCAGCUCUUCAGGAAGAACACAAGCACCUUCGCGAUGAGCUGGCGAGGGCUCAAGCGCAGGCGGCGGAGAACGAGACGACGCGUCUUCAGCGACAAGAAAACAUGGAACGCGUGCGAAAGCAGCGGGGGUAUCAGCAGCAACAUGGCGCCGAAGCAGCUGCGAUCCCUUUGGUGCACUGCAGGAAGAACUGUUUUGAACGCGCCCAGGUGCGUGCAGCCGAGGCGGACGCAGCCCUUGUAGAGGCCUUGCGUGUGCAGCUGACCGCAAUCGAGGUGGCCAUAAACUUCUGCAGGGCAGAGCUGGAGGUCCAGAAGUCGGCGGAGGCGGCUUCACGAGAGCAGCAAGCGGUGCGGCGUGCGGCAGUCACAGCCAUACGGGAAAAGAUCGAGAAUCUCGCUGAGAAUUUUACUACCGUGGCCGCCGAGAGGCAGCGCCAGCCCCCUCAGCAACUCGCCUCGGAGAAGGAGGCGCUCAUCGGUGAGCUCAUCGCCCAGCUUGAAGAGGUAGAGCACGAGAAGGCGGAGAUCAAGACCGCAACUGCCCGCGCCCAGCGCUUGCUCGCCACGAUGCAGCGGCAAGUAGCGGAUGCGCAGGGACGCGCAGCGCAGCUGGAAGAAGCGCGUCGGACUGCAUGCCAGGAGUUACAAGCAAUGAUGGCAACGGUUUCUGCUGAGGACGCUAGCAACUCUGUCACGGAUGCGGAGCUGGUGCACAGUGGAAACAUACAAGCCCAUCAAGAGGCGCUUGUGGACAUCAGCGAGCGCGUGAUUGCUGCGUCGGCAGCGUUGACGAGCGCCAGCGACGCUCUUGCGACGCACCAACAGCAGCGUGCUGCGGAACCGAAGCAGGAGGAGGCGUUUAUCGCCAACAUAUUCCGCGAGGGUGACGGCCGCCGCCGCCGCCCCAACCGCGAAGGCUCUGAGCUGGCGGCGCAGAUAAUGGGCGAAGUGUACGACGCUGCCACCGGCUCCUUCCUUAGCCGGCACCAGUGGACUUGGAUGAAUGUCUGCCUUGGUGUUCUGCUGUUGCUCUCCUUCACGACGCUCCAGUACAGGAAAUACGAGGUGUGA